AUGUUCGUGUGGCGCGUCUUACUCGGGUUUUAUUUUGUAGGAGCCGCCGCUGUGUUUCCGGUGUGUGCUACCUGCGUGCACCUUGACGCUCGGUCCGGAGUCUCGAGGACAAACGGUGAACGGGCGCGAGCAUGGGAGGACAAGAUGCUCAGUGACGGGAACAGCGACAGGAAGCCCCCCCCCCCGGGCUGCUCCGGGGCCGUGGAGCGGGCCGUGGACCGGGGGACCGGGACCGGGACCGGGGCCGUGGACCGGGGGACCGGGACCGGGACCGGGACCGUGUCCGCGGUCAGCCUCCUGCUCAGCGUCCUGUCUCUGCUGCUGCUCGCCGCCGCCAUCUCCUCCGACCACUGGUACGAGACCGACACCCGGAGACACAAGGACAACUGCGACCGGGCCGGAGCCGAGUCCAACGACCAGAAGAACCGGGACAUGCCCAUCUACCACCUGCCGCUGCUGGACACCGGCAGCGGGGGGUCGCGGCCGCGGGACGUGGCGCGCAUGAAGCCCGUGCACGUCGGCAGCCGCGAGCACGAGCUUCUGGAGAACUGGAGGGCGAUCCUCGGGAUGGGCAUCCUGGAGACGGAGUGCGGGAGGCCGCUGUUCUCCUCACACUCCGGCCUGUGGAGCCGCUGCUUCUGCAAGGGCCUGGACCCGGACAUAGACAAGCUCAUCGACCGGGGUAUUGCUGAUCGAUGCACUGCUGUCAAAUAUCACUUCUCUCAGCCAAUCAGAUUGAGGAACAUCCCUCUGAACCUGACCAGGACCAUCCAGCAGGACGAGUGGCAUCUGCUGCACCUGCGUCGGAUCACCGCAGGGUUUCUGGGAAUGGCAGCAGCCGUGCUGUUGUGCGGCUGCAUCGUGGCGUCGGUGGGAUUCUUCUGGGAGGAAAGUCUGACUCAGCACGUGUCCGGACUGUUGUUCCUCAUGGCAGGAAUCUUCUGCACCAUCUCUCUGUGCACGUAUGCAGCCAGUGUGACCUAUGACCUCUCCAGGAACCCUCCGUUCAUCUACGGGCUGCCGGACGACGUGGAUCACGGCUACGGUUGGUCGAUCUGCUGCGCCUGGGCCAGUCUGGGUCUGACCGUGGCUGCGGGCUGCCUCGGGACCACCUUCCCUUUCCUGAGUCAGGCUGGAGCUCUGCGAUCCAAAACCGCUCGUGCAUCCUCCGUCUGA